AACUGAGCGUCGCGCGAUCGUGAAGAGCCGACUGACAACCGAACCGUUGCGCAACCGCCUCGAGUGUGCGUGCUGGGAGCGUGCGUGACCGUGACCGGGUAGACACCUCCGUGUGUAUUUGUGUGUGCGUCUGUAAUCGUUUGUUUUGAAAAAUAAAAUCCCCAAAUCUCACUCUGAACCGCUUGGGCCACAGUGAGAUUAAAAGUGCACAGUGCCCAGUGAACCCGGUGAUCGGAAUUGUGUGCGGAGUGACUACUUUUCCUUCACAUCUCCUCCCCGCGUGGUAGAGAGUGGUCGUCCUUCGGCGUGCUUGCGCAACAACGGUGCGUGAACGGUGAAACGCGUGGCAAGUGAAAAGCAAAUCCACAAUGUCGAUCAAGUAUAACGAAAAAAACUACCCGUACAUCGAUCUGGGCCGAGGCUACAUCGUGUAUCUGGAGGAUGACGACUACACGGACGAGCGGUGGGUCCGUAAAGCCGAACAGAACAUCAACGAGACACCGCGGCGAAAGGUGGAAGCGCUCGAGCAGCUCCGGGAGCUGUUGCGCGGUGAACGGAAGCUGAACGUCCCGCUGGAGGACGAGAAGUUCCUGCUAAAGUUCCUGCGCCCGCUGGCGUACGAUGUGACGAAGGCGUUCGACUGCAUCCGGCACACGUACACGAUGAAGCGGAACUACGGCCGAGAAUACUACGAGGGGCGCAUCAAACCGUCGCAUAUCCGGCACAUCUACACCACCGGAAUGGUCACGUUUCUCCCCCAACGGGACGACGACGGAUGUGGUAUCUGCGUGACGCAGCUUGGACGUAAAUGGAAUACCUCGACGAUCUCCAUGACCGACGUGGUGGCUCUGUUCCGGAUCAACAUCGAAGCCUCGCUGAUGGAUCCGCUGGUGCAGCUGAACGGUAUCCGGAUCAUUUUCGACUUCGACGGACUGUCGAUGUCGCACGUAGCGCAAGCGUCACCGAAGCACGCGAUGGUCAGCCUGCAGUGGAUCCAAAAGUGCUGCCCGCUGCAACUGAAAAGUAUCCACAUCGUGAACAACUCGAUGCUGUUCAAUGUGCUGUUCACGAUCUUCAAGCCGUUCAUCUCGAAGGAGCUGCGGGACAAGAUGUUCUUCCACAACCGCGACUUCAGCUCGCUGACCAAGUGCAUCAGCCCGAAGUGUCUGCCGCCGGCGUACGGCGGGACGCUUGAUGCGCCCGAGUGCGAAGGUCAGCUACUCGGUGACUUCAUGCAGCUCUACGAUAAGCACUACGAAGCCUUGGAUGCCUACGGGUACGAGGAGAGCAAUGCCAACUGAGCCAACUCUCUCCCUCUCCCCCUCUCUCUCUCUCUCUCUCUCUCCCCUCCCGCUGUGCUCUGUGUCCGUCUGUGAUCUACGCCGCGUCCUGCGCGAGCUGACUCGCGACUCGCGCGAGUCUACGAGUGUUUGUGUUUUCCCUGCGUCUUGCACGGAAACACGUGCACGAUGAUGGUCCGCCGCGCCCUUGGAGCGCCGUGGCCUCAGCUUCGUGUGCCUAACCUUAGGAUGCUAAAUAGCUAAGUACACGCCGGUACGCGUGGAUCGAAGCUGAAAAAUAAA